AUGUUGGACCCAGAGCAGUUCAUGCAAAAUAGCCCGUUUCUGCGGGCCCACCCAAACUCAUACAACUUGGCGAAUACCACUUCAGACCUCCUAAAGUUCCAGCUUCAGGAGCAAACGCGCCUUGAUCCGCUGACGUCGCUUGCGCCGCUGCUCAUGGAGGAAAAAUUCGAGGCAAAGUUUGCAGCACACUUGGAUUCGGCGCUUAGCACCGGCGCUGUUUCUGUGGACGACUCGUGCAGCCAGAAUGACGAGUUUCUGCGCCGCGACAGCGAUUCCGGCGCCAGCUCCCCGGCCUCGGACGUGCUGGAGGCAUUGUGUGGCUCUGCGGCGCCAAACCACCUCAACUUGAAAGUUUUGAUUGAGAAUUCGGUCUUUGACGUUUCCAAAGUUGGACACACGGUGCUUUCCCUUGGCAAAGUCAAGCUGUUGAAACAAAAAAUUGCUGACAAGCGCGAGCACAAGGAGUAUUUGCAGCAGCGCAUCUCGACAGCCAACUCUUUCUGUAAUACCCUCCUCGUCGGGCCUUCGGCAAAGCCUGCAGAUGUCGACUCGGAUCUUUUGGUGAAAAUCAUCCGACAGAACAUUGGCCUCGAACAAGAGUUUAUGGAUGUCACUGCCGAGCUCGAAGCUCUUGAGGACCGCCUCAAGAAUCAUAACUUCGCUUGUCUCGUCUUGGGAUAUGUUGAGGACGUCAAGUUGUCUUCCAAUGGAACUUUUGGCGAGAAGUCUUCUCCUGCGGAAUCUCUGCUCCAACAGCGCUCGUUCGAAGCGCUCUUCUCGCAUAUUGCAUCUGUGGCCGUACAAAAGGGCGUCAACUUGCCGGCUUUUGACGGCGCAAGCCCGUCUUUGGAUUCCAAAAUCCAAUGGGCGCAAAAAUGCAUUGACACGCUUUUCACAACCUCCUCUUCCUCUGCAUCAACUGCCACAGCACCAUCUACUGCUCUGGAAGCUACGCUGCCUGAUGCGUCGAUUUUGCAGGACCACUCGUUCUUGAGCCCGGCAAAGGGCCCGAAAAUGGCUCCAGAAAAAUCAAUUGCAGAAUAUAAAGUGGCAUUGAACGACUUGCGUUUCUCUCACCAAUACUUCAUGAAGGAGUACGACUACUUGAAGGAAAACUCGUUAAAAACUAUUCUGGAUUACCGCAAGAAGAAUGCUGCUCUUGAGAAGGAAAUUGCCAUGCUUCGUAAGAGUAAUCGACUGUCUCAGCCUUCUGUCGAAGUCGUGGAUGCCAAAGAUAAAGAAAUCGCAAGACUACGGAAAGAAAUCAGCCUCAUGAAAAUAGACCACAUGGGCAGCAGAUCUCCUCGCAACAGCUCCACUUUAGCUUCGCCUUCGCUUUUCUGGCCCGACAACGAUGAUGACGAUACACAACUGCCCCAUUCUGUGUCAUCCUUCAGAUCCAAUACCAAGUCUAAUACGAGCACUGCCAUUUUGCGCAAGGAAUUCAAGAAAAUUGUUUCCGAGAUCCAGGACCGCCACGAAGUUGAGUUGAGUGAAGAACGCCAUUUAAGGCGCCAGUUGGAAGAGAAGCUACAGAAAGAGACCAGCUAA